UCUGAUGGCCAUCAUUUACCCAUAUACUCUAGAGAGAGAAAGUGAAGAGAGAGAGAGAGAGAGAGAGAGAGAAGCAGUGACUGAACUGUUGAGAGAAAAGCCUGAGCUUAUCACCACUCUAGCUUCUGCAGAGAGAGAUACCAAUGGGAGAGGAGGAGAAGAAACCGGCUGAAAAGAAGGAGGACCCACCUAGCGCCGCCGAUGGAGGUGAGAAGAAGGCCGAGGGAGAGGCAAAGCCGGCGGAGGAAUCCAAAGACGCGCCGCCGCCUCCGCCGCCGCAAGAGAUUGUGUUGAGAGUUUUCAUGCAUUGCGAAGGCUGCGCUCGGAAAGUUCGCCGGAGCCUUAAAGACUUUGAUGGAGUUGAAGAUGUGGUGACUGAUUGUAAGACCCACAUGGUUGUGGUGAAAGGGGAAAAGGCAGAUCCAGUGAAGGUGUUAGAGAGGGUGCAGAAGAAGAGCCACCGUCAAGUGGAGCUCCUAUCACCCAUCCCGGCGCCGGCGCCGGCGCCGGAGGAGGAGCCCCCGAAGCCGGCGCCGGAGGAAGUUGCUAAACCGGAGGAGAAAAAAGAGGAGCCUCAGGUGAUUACAGUGGUUUUGAAAGCUCACAUGCAUUGUGAGGCUUGUGCUGAAGCAAUCAAAAGGAGGAUUUUGAGAAUGAAAGGCGUGGAGAAUGUGGAACCCGACUUUAAGGGCUCAGAAGUCACGGUGAAAGGGGUGUUUGAUCCGCAGAACCUAGUGGACUAUGUAGCGAAGAAGACAGGGAAACGGGCGGUGGUGGUGAAGGUGGAGCCGAAGAAGGAGGAGGGUGCAGGGGAGGGGGAGAAGAAGGCGGAGGAGGAGAAGAAAGCGGAGGAAGGGAAGGAUGGUGAUGGCGGCGGGGAGAAGAAGGAAGGCGGCGAAAGUGGUGGCGGGGAGAAGAAGGAAGGCGAGGGGGGUGUUGAAUUGCCCGAAGACCCAAAACUGGAAAUGAAAAAACAUGAACUCUACUACUACUACCCCCCUAUACAAGCUCAAUAUCACCAUCAAAGGUUUGGUGCACAAGAUGGUGGGUAUGGCUAUGGGUACCCACAGAUGCCACAGAUGUUCAGUGAUGAGAACCCUAAUGCAUGUUCAGUUAUGUAAAUUGAAUGGAACAUGAGAGGGUAUGUUAGAAUGGGGAAC